AUGCGUCUCGACUGGGACAUUCUCGUCGAGAUCAUGUCCGUUCUCAGUCGUGCGGACGCAAGCCGUAUGUCGCGUACAUGCCGGGUCUUGCUACACGCUGCCCCACCCACUCUGCUGAAAGGCCAAGUGGUGCUAUGGUCGAUGACGUAUCUGCUCUCAUUCCAUCAGUUCAUGUUCCGGGACAAGCACAAGUGCUUUCAUCAUCUCCGCGUCCUGAUCCUAAAAGACGCAAUCCACCACAUAACCGGGGCAGGCGAUCUACUAGUUGACAUAUUCACGCAUUCCACGGACCUCGAACGCCUAAAAGUCUUUACUAGCGAGUUGAUAGAUGCAGAUGAUCGUAUUCCUCCUGCACUGUCCGCUUUAAAGCAGCUCCAUACCAUCGAACUCUUCAGCAUAACUGAACACACAAUCGAUAUGCUCAAGCAGAUUCAAGCUCCCCUUACCACGGCCAGAGUCUCUCUUGGUCGCCUUAUCGGGCCUGGUGGGCGGGCGGGCAUAGAUCCCAUCUCGAUCUUCGCCCGUUUCAAGGACUAUCUGCGAGUUGUGGACGUCAUUCAUGCGGAGUUCGCUAGUGCGGGAUUCCGGUAUUCGCGCGUUGAUACCCUCAGCGUCAUAUACAUCAAUAACGAGCUGAGACCCCUUUUGCACUGCUUCCCUAACCUCAAGAAUCGUCAACUACUUCCCAUGCCGAGUCUACGAUGGAGACCAUUGAACGAUCGACACGUAGAGGAGCAGCGCCGCUUCAACAUGACUUCGCCUACUUCAUGGUCGUCUUUCAAUCGCCUCAUAGGGACGGAUCCGCGAUCGGGCUCUCGUGAGCUACCAGUCGAAGACAUUGAUGUCCAUGCGAUCGCGGAAAACGCCAUGCGCUACAUACCGACCAUCCAGCGUGUCGGAAUCAACAUCGGCCAAAAGCCGUACAUGUACGAGGUUCAGCAAAAGGAGGAGCAACAUAAUUUGAGGAGUCUGGUCGCAUUACCAUCGGAUAUGGCGGUGAACGCCGAAUUUGCUCUCUACCAGGGGACAUGGUGAUACGAAUGAGAUGUGUUCUAUGCGUCACAUCUCAUGCUCUGUCUCUCGACCAAAAACUGAACCGUCUUCCUCUGCCAUAGUGUACG